GUGUGUGUGUGUGUGUGUGUGUGUGUGUGUGUGUGUGUGUGUGUGUGUGUGUGUGUGUGUGUGUAUGGACUCGAUCCACUGCUUUUGAUAUCUGUAAACAGAACAAUAUGAAGGAAAGGAAAGCAGACACAGAUAAAACAAGUUGCCAAAAGGACAGUAACUCGAGACAAGACAAAAGGAGAAUAAAAAGAAGGACGAUGACUCCAGUGCAGACUCAGAGUGUAUCAGCCCUGGACUCAGACUGGGACAGAGACUCAGAGUGUGAGGCGGGGGGGCCGGCCCAGUGGCAGCAGUGGGACUGGGCCUCAGAGCGGGUCCCUGCUGUAUUGAGUCCAACCUACAAGCAGCGCAAUGAGGACUUCAGGAAGCUCUUCAAGCAGCUGCCGGACACUGAACGCCUCAUCGUGGAUUACUCAUGUGCCCUGCAGCGAGACAUCCUCCUGCAGGGACGCCUCUACCUCUCAGAGAACUGGAUUUGUUUCUACAGCAACAUCUUCCGAUGGGAAACUCUGCUGAUGGUGCGACUGAAGGACAUCUGCUCCAUGACCAAGGAGAAGACGGCCCGCCUCAUCCCCAACGCCAUCCAGCUCUGCACCGACAACGACAAGCACUUUUUCAGCUCUUUCGGGGCGAGGGACCGGACGUACAUGAUGAUGUUCAGACUGUGGCAGAACGCUCUCCUGGAGAAGCCUUUAUGUCCCAAAGAGCUGUGGCACUUUGUCCAUCAGUGCUAUGGUAAUGAACUGGGUCUUACCAGUGACGAUGAGGACUAUGUCCCUCCUGAUGAAGACUUCAACACCAUGGGGUACUGUGAGGAGCUUCCUGUGGAGGAGAACAUCGAGCAGAGCCACGACAUCAGCAACAACCUCAGCAAGAACCCCGAGGCCAAGCCCGAUGUGAGCCCCCUCGUGCCUCACAGACCCUUCCCCGAAAUCAGCCCCCCGGAGCUGCCCAGCACGGAGCCCCCAGCCCCUCAGUGUGACCCGGCCCCUGUGGAGGACGUGUCCAGCCCCUUACCUGACGCAGACUUCCUGACCCUUCUCCUGCCCGAGAACCUCGAAAACACCGCCCCUUUGCAGCCGUUGGACCUCAACGAGAACGAGGACCUGCCCACCGAAUUAAGCGACUCAUCCGACACGCAUGAUGAAGGUGAGGUCCAGGCUUUCCACGAGGACCUGGGUGGCCGGCAGUUCAUCAACGAAGUGUACAAGUUUGGUGUGGACAAGAUGUAUGACUUACUCUUCACUGAGUCUGACUUCAUGAGGGACUUUCGGGAGCAGAGGAGGUUCUCAGAUGUGGUGUAUCACACGUGGAGGACAGAGGAGGACGGUAACCAGUCAAAAGAGAUCAUGUACACCAUCGCCCUGAACAAUCCCCUGGCUCCAAAGACAGCCACGGUCACUGAGACACAGACUCUGUACAAGGCCAGCCAGGAGAACGAGUGCUACAUCAUCGAUGCAGAGGUGAUCGCCCACGAUGUUCCCUACCACGACUACUUCUACACCCUCAACCGCUACAUGCUCACCAGAGUAGCCAAGAACAGGUGUCGUCUUAGGGUGUCAACAGAGCUUCGGUACAGGAAGCACCCAUGGGGGCUUGUCAAGGGCUUCAUUGAGAGGAACUUCUGGAGUGGCCUGAAUGAGUACUUCAGACACUUAGAGUUGGCGCUGAGUAAGCUGGAUGUGAUGUUGAUGGAGCCUCACAGACAGUCACCUAAAACCAAGGCUCUGAGGAUGUGUACCAGCCGCCGGAGGAAACGGAUACUAGUCCAUCACCUCAGAACUCCGGGGAACAUGGACAAGGCUUUGAGCCCCGUCAGCACUCCUGAGAAUGAGGAGGACGAAGACAUCCACCUCACCAAACACGUGGCAGGCCAGCCCUUCAGAGGCCACCAGCUGAUCUGUGGUUCCACACAGACCAGACACAUACCUGACUCUCCAGGUGGUUUUGCACUCUACAACUUCUCCAAACUCCUGCUUCUCAUCGGCCUUGUGAUCUCUAUAAGCCUGGUACUGCUGGUGGUUCUCAACGUCAUGCUGUUCUACAAGCUGUGGAUGCUGGAGUACACCACUCAGAGACUCGCUGCAUCGCAGGCACUGAGACCUGAUGAAAGCGAAGCUCCGGACACCCAGCUGGAAUGGAUGCAGCUCACGGACUCCCAGCAGCGCGACGAUGAAGAGGAUCUCCAGAAGUGGAAGGAGAUAAUCAGAUCCUCAGUGGUGCAGCUCGAUAAGAUAAAAGACUCCCUUCUUCAUCUCCAUAAAAGCAUUGGCCUCAAGGACCACCCGCCACACCCUGAGUCUGAAAAAAGGAGAACCCAGAAUAACUGAUCGAUAACGUCAAGGCAUGCGGACAUGAUGUGCAAUAUUCAUCCUACCUUUCUGAGCCCAUGGAGGGAAGGUGGCCUUCAAAAGGCCCUGCUGGGUGUUCAGUCCGAGCUGCACCCCCCACUCAAGUGACCUCAUCAGACCUGCGGGAGAUGAGAUGGGAUUACACACUGCUCUGUCUCCUGAAGAGAGACAACAUCUUUGGCAGGAUUUGUCUGCAGCUUUCCUUCCAUCUUGAUCAUCCACGUUCCUUCUCUCCACACAAUGCUGCAUUAAAACGUUUUGUUUUUUGUUCACAUCCAGACAAAGAUCAGACUGACCCAAAGCAUGCAACUUCUUCUCACUUCCGGUGCUUUGCCAAUUGAGAAUCCAUAUUGGAAUUAUAUAUGCAUUCGCUUUCAGAGGUGCAAAAACACAUAGACAUUUUCCUACCCUUCAAGGAUCUCAAACAGCUGCUGUGUCUCUUUGUUUUAUACCUUGAGAAACAUGAUGAGAGACUUUAACUAAUCCACAGCCUGCAGUAUCAAAGCUACACUGGAAACCUGAUCCUUGAAUUAAAUGUAUUAUAUCAACAGAUUUCACAUAACUGUAUUAGGUUAGUUGAAAGCACUAAUAUUAAGUUUAAAUAACAAAUAUUAGGUUCAACUUAAUAUUAAUAUCUUUCAUCUAACCUAAUAAAGUUAUGUGUGAUCUGUUGACAUACAUUUAAUUCAACGUUUCAGUUUCCUCAGUGUACACGGAAUCAAAAUGUAACCUCAUACAUUUGUGUGUGUUUGUUUGUGUGUGUGUGUGUGCGUGCGUGCGUGCGUGCUUUCGUGCGUGCGUGCGUGCGUGCGUGUGUGUGUGUCAGAUUGUUUGUAGUCAGGGAUAUUUUUACUGGGCAUGCUGGGCAGAUCAGGGCUGGUUCCCUGAGAGCUCAUGCCAUACUUUGUGAUUUUAUUUUAUUUUGUAUGUUUAUGUGACUUUUAUGGCAUGCAGUAUUCCGAGCUGUCGCUGGAGCAUCCCUCUGCUAGCUGAGUGACGUGGUAAUGCAGAGGGUUGCAAGCAGAGAGAAUUCAUGGGAAGAAAGCAGGGACUCUGAGGUCAGCGUGGCACAGCUCCUACUUUCCUAAUGCGUUGCCAAGGAAACAAAGAAAUGUCUUGUUCACAGCCAACCAUUAAUGUCAUUCCAGUGUUUCAAUGAUUUACUCCGACAAAUCUCACUGCUUCAUCACUGCCAAGGCUCACACGUCAACAUGUUAUCCUAUUAAGGAUAGUCACCGUUGUAUAAGCCAUGUCUGGGUGUUGCAUCAAUUCAUAUGUGAUUGUAAAGCAAGGCAAGUUUAUUUAUAUUACACCUUUCAACACAAGGCAAUUCAAAGUGUCAUGUAUUUGCACUGUGGGUCUCAGUCAUGAAGCAGACUGAAUGUGAGAUGCAGUGAAAUGAAAUGUGUUCCAUCCUUCUGCACUGUUCUUUAUUUGCUUCAGUUGUCAUGUAUGCUUGGUGUUUUGAUUGACAAACAUUUCUCAGUGGCAGAGAUGAUCUAUAACAGAAACGAUCUCAAUGAAUCCAGCAACAGGCCCAAAUGUAGUUGUUCAGUUUGAACCACUACGUUUUUUUUUAUAUCAAGGAUACCGGUACUUAGAUAUAAGCUAUAUUCUCUCUCCUUGACUUUGGUUUUGGCUCUAAUUGUUGACCUCCCAGUGGUCUCUGCCUCUGAGGAAUGUUAGUCUAACUCAACAGGACGCUGUUUAUCCUGUCAGUGUUCAUAUUAUUUUGAGAAAAUGUGUUCAUGUCCCAGUUGGAAGACUCGUUUCAGAAAUGUAAUUAGUCACUGCAGCUAUAACAAUUUGUCUGAUGAUAUAUUCAUGAAUUUAUUGAUUAAUCACACCCUUGACCGUGCUGUCUGGGAACAGUGUGUGAUGUCUUGCAAGGCUUCCAUGCCUUCAUUUUUAUAAUACUGGUCCAACCUGUGAAAGUGUUUUAUGACUCAAGGAUGAACACUAAACUCUUCAAAUGUAUGACAAAUAUAAUGGAAAGCAACAUUUACGUUUGGUUUAAAAUAUCAAAUUUGAAGGUUGAUAUACAAGGAAAGCUCGUUCAGAUGCAGUUUGCUUUGUGCAUUAUUGAGUGAUCGAUGGAGAGAAAAUAGCGAACGUAUUAUUUAAAUGUAUUUUUAUAUCAUUGGGGUUUGGUGAAAUGAAAAAAGGGAAAUAGGUGCACCUCAAAACUUCUUUAAUAUUCUACCAUUCUAUGCACUAACACAAUAAUCUUUGCAGCAGCCUUGACAUUAAUAACUAUAGGGAAGUUUUUGCUGGAUAAAGAUUCUUCAAGCCCUUCCACAAAAUAUACUGUAGUACAAAUAUAUCUGUACAUCUACAGUAUGUGGGUUUGUUUCUACAAGAUAAAACAAAACAUAAAUCAGGACCAUCAGCUGCAUAAAAGACGAUCGUUGUUAACAGAUCGAACAGGUAAACUACAAAUAGAGUACAGUUACGGUGUGAAUUCGUUUUGGGCAAAUAUUCAGAUACAAGUGCAAACUUUUAUUUUCAUUUUUGAAUCUUAUGAACCACACAUAAAUGAUGAAUUCCCUAUUUUCUCUCCAUAUCGUUUGACACUGCAAAUGUAAGACUGUUAAAUUAGGAGGUGCAAUUUGAUAACCUUAUUUACUCCAAAGCCAUGUUUAAAACAGUUCAAAUGCAUAUGUUGAGAUGAUGUCAUUUCACUUGAAAUCAUGACUUGUUAAUGGAAUAUCUUGUAAAAUAUCACAAAGUCACGUGGCUCCUCUCCUGUAUACAAUGCAUGGCUAUUCUAUUAAGGCUAGCGAUUAAGAUCAUGUUGAACUCCAUGCAUCAACACUAGAGGUUUCAGUUUAGCACAUGUAAACACUGGAGAUGAGCCUGAAGAGUAGACACCCUGAGGUUUAAUCACCAAGCAUCAGUCACAGUGAGGCCCAUAUGUUAUAUGCGACAAGUCUGUUUGUGCAAUCAACAACAUCAAUGAAAAUGAACCAGCUGACAUCAAAAUGGAACUUAUAAACGAAGAUGGUUUGAUUGGGUAUAUUUCUUAAAGGAGCAGUGCAGCAUUAGGGGGAUCUCUUGGCAGCCAUAUAUUAAAGUAUUCAUGAUCAUGUUUUUUUAAGAGUUUAAUCAUGUGUUUUCUAUGCUCUGUAAUGUUUCUGCUUGCUGUAUGUGGAUCUAGUUGGUUGCACUCUGCAAACUGACCACUAGAUGUCACUAAAACCUACACACUGAACCUUUAGAGUCGAGUUUCCAUGACAUCACAGAAUGCACCCUCAACUUUCAGCACUCCACACACACACACACACACACACACACACACACGCACACACACGCACACACACGCACGCACGCACACGCACGCACAGGCACGCACAGACACGCACAGCUGCAGUAUCUCUUCAUCCUGCCUUCAGUCAUCUCACUUGGUUGUAAAGCGUUGUGUUCUCCUGUGUGUGCUUACAAUAUCUGACCUGUCGUCUGAAACCUAUUUUGAUCUGCAUAUAUGAACAAAAAGUAUUUAUACAGAUAUAAUAAUGCAUAUUGUUGUGUAGAGUUAUAGUACAUAUUAUAAGGACUCAAACUACGCUGGCAGUGGUUUGAGGAUAACAAAAAAGUUAUUUUAAGGGAAAAAAAGUGAUUCAAGACAGAGGAAUGAAUAAAAGUGCAAAACAA